CCACGUCCAUCCAAGGAAUCGCCCACAACAAACAGUAGUAGUCACUUCUCUCCCUUUCCUUCUCUCUCUCUUGUCGCCGUCGCCGUCUCCGGCGGAAGGAGGAGAACGCCGGGGAGAGACCAAUGAUUCCGUAUGCCACGGUGGAGGAGGCGGCCGUCGCGCUCGGCCGGAACCUGACGUGGUUGGAGACUGCCUGGUUCGAUUACUCCGCUACCAAGUCCGACUACUACCUCCACUGCCACACCAUUUUAUUCCUCUUCCUCAUCUUCUCUUUCGUUCCUCUCCCCCUCGUCCUCGUCGAGGUCGCGCGAUCCGCCUCCGGAUGGUUCGAUCGGUAUAAGAUUCAGCCCAAGGUGCAGUACUCUGUCUCCGAUAUGUUUCGGUGCUAUAGAGACGUCAUGAAGAUGUUUCUUCUCGUCGUUGGACCAUUGCAGCUCGUUUCUUAUCCUUCCAUCGAGAUGAUUGGGAUUCGAACUGGCUUGCCAUUGCCAUCGGGAUGGGAGAUUUUGGCGCAGUUGGUGGUGUAUUUCUUGAUAGAGGACUACACUAAUUAUUGGAUCCACAGAUUCUUCCAUUGUAAAUGGGGUUACGAGAAGGUUCAUCGUGUACAUCACGAGUACGUAUCUCCCUUCGGAUAUGCGGCGACUUACGCCCAUUGGGCCGAAGUCUUGCUUCUUGGGAUUCCGUCGUUUCUCGGACCAGCCAUUGCUCCUGGUCACAUGAUAACCUUCUGGUUAUGGAUAGCUUUACGGCAAGUGGAGGCGAUUGAAACGCAUAGCGGAUAUGAGUUCCCCUGGAGUCCAACGAAAUACAUACCUUUCUACGGAGGUGCUGAGUAUCAUGACUACCAUCAUUACGUUGGAGGCCAAAGCCAGAGCAAUUUUGCUUCGGUUUUCACUUACUGUGAUUACAUCUAUGGAACCGACAAGGGCUACCGGUUCCAAAAGAAGCUUCUGCAGGAGAUGAAGGGGGAGUCCGAGAAGAGCAGAAAACAGAACGGAGGCCUCAAAUGCGAGUAGGACGCCCUGAACUUUUCCGGCAACAACUCACUGGAAAAAAAAACGCUCAGGGCAAAUGUGAGUCCCUUCCAUAGAAUGUAAAACAUCUACCUCGACUUAACGGGAGGUUUCGGGCUUUGCAUUUGCUGCUAACUACCAAAUGUACAUGAGAAGGGCCUUUUCCGGUUCUCUAGCAUCAGCCUUUGCUUUGUAUUGUGAGGAAGAAGAAACAAUAGAAGAAACAGAAGAGUAGAAUCAAAUCUCUGUCCUGUCUUGUGAUAUCUUUGGUUUGAUGUCGUUUAUGAGUCUGACUAAAUUUGGGUUUUAGGACCAAAGACAAAACUUGACAACAUUGUAUGCCGACAGGUUUAUGAUCUUCUUGUCCUU